GAGCUGCUGAAAUCUUCCUGGGAAAUUCAGCUCAGUGUUUUCUCUCCGUCCUCGUUACUCAUGUGUCUCCCCGUUUGGGAGGAGGGUGAAAACGGACUGAACAAGAGGGAGGAGAAAAACCGGGCAGAAAGAGAAAGAGAGGGAAAUAGCUGUACUUUGUAGCCAGACUUUCCCUGCUUAUUCAGCGCUGAGUGCUGCACUGCGCCGUUUCCAGUUGUGGGAUGUUAAGAUUUGCCUUUGGCUGCACUUCCCCACACUCCUGCGCUCACAUAAAGACUCUUUAGACAUUUUUAUGCUCAUUUUCUUCAGAGGAGGAGGAGGAGUGAGAGAGGGAGAGACUAGCCAGACCUAUUAGUCUGGAGACACACACACAUACACACCAACUCUCUCUCUCUCUCUCUGACACACACAUUUGUACACUCCUCCAGCUCCGCGCUGCACCAAGGUAACAGUGAGUGGCUUUAGCUUUAGCCAUCUGGUCGGAGCGCAGAGGAGAGCCUCUCUGCUGAACAGAGGGGUGGGGGGGAAAGGGAAAGGACGAUGCAGCACUAGGUGGGCAGAGGAAACCAAAGAGUGAAAGACAGACGACAGACACACACACACACACGCAGUAAGACAGGAUGGCCACCGCAGUGUUUCAGGUGUCUUCAUCUUGUGUUCCAGCAACAAACUAUGAGCUGGCGCCGAGCAGCGACCUCCCCCUAAAACAUGUAGACACCAUGGGCUCAACAAAAUCCUCAAAGAGCAUGGAGUCACGGCGCAGACCAUCCAGGAGUGUGAGUCUGCUGCAGGCCCUGGAGGAGAACUACGAGCUGGACCUGGUCUACAUCACAGAGAGAAUCAUCUCCGUCUCCUUCCCCGGCAGCGUGGAGGAACAGAGCUACACCGACAACCUGCGGGAGGUCGCCUCCAUGCUGCGCUCCAAACACGGACACAACUACCUGCUCUUCAACCUCAGUGAGAAGCGUUAUGACAUCAGCCAACUUCAUCCAAAGGUGUUGGACUUUGGCUGGCCUGACCAUCAUGCUCCAGCUCUGGACAAAAUCUGCAGCAUCUGCAAAGCCAUGGACACCUGGCUGAGUGCUGACAGCCACAACGUGGUGGUCAUACACAACAAGGGCAACAGGGGCAGGACUGGAGUGGUGGUGGCGGCCUACAUGCAUUACAGCAACAUAUCUGCUAGUGCUGACCAGGCUCUGGACAGGUUUGCCAUGAAGCGUUUCUAUGAAGACAAAGUGCUUCCUGUGGGCCAGCCAUCGCAGAAAAGGUAUGUGGAGUACUUCAGCGGUCUGCUCUCCGGGCACAUCAAGAUCAACAACAAACCGCUGUUCCUCCACCACGUCAUCAUGCACGGCAUCCCCAACUUUGAGUCCAAAGGAGGUUGUCGUCCCUUUCUCAAAAUCUACCAGGCCAUGCAGCCCGUGUACACAUCUGGGAUCUAUAAUGUCCAGGGGGACAGCCAGACCAGCAUCUGCAUCACCAUUGAACCUGGACUUCUCCUGAAAGGGGACAUCCUGCUAAAGUGCUACCACAAGCGUUACCGCAGCCCGUGCAGAGAUGUGAUAUUCAGGGUGCAGUUUCACACCUGUGCUGUUCAUGACCUGGGGAUAGUGUUUGGGAAGAACGAACUCGAUGAGACAUUCAAAGAUGACAGAUUUCCAGAGUAUGGAAAAGUGGAGUUUAUUUUCUCCUUUGGACCAGAGAAAAUUCAUGGUCAAGGUGUGGACCACCUGGAAAACGGGCCAAGCGUCUCGGUUGACUACAACACGCAGGACUCCCUGAUCCGCUGGGACUCGUAUGAAAACUUUAAUCAGAGUUGUGAGGACAACACAGACGAAGUUAUACACACCGAAGGACCACUGGAUGGCAGCCUCUAUGCCAAAGUUCGCAAAAAGGAGUCUAUUGAAGGAGCAGUCACAGCAAACGGCCUCCCACCCACUGCUGCUGAACAUGCCCUACCUGCAGUUGAUCAUGCCCUGUCAGUGAGCAGCGACUCAGGAAACUCUACUGCCUCCAUCAAAACUGACCGAACUGAUGAAGCGACAGCAGCACCUCAGACGUCCACAGUGAGCCAGGCACAUGUUUCCGUAGGUGAGGAGCUUCACUCAGUCCGUCCUCACACCCCGCCAGCUCAACAACCAAUCAGUCCCCAAGAGAAACAGGAGCUGGAGCAGCUGCUGAGUGGAUUGGAGGGGCCCAUGCAUCGGCAGGGCUACCUGUCCACCCCAACCUCUGCUGUUGGGGGAAUGCUUCACCUUGUGCCUGCACAGGUCCAUGUGAAUGGGCACAGUAGCAUUGAGCGUGAGACAGACAUUUUAGAUGAUGAGCUGCCAACCAGUCAAGAGGGCAACAGUGUGGACAGUCUAGGGACGUUCUCUUCCACGGAUGGACGGGCUACUCCAGCUGAUCUUUAUUACCAGUCUGAGUCACUUAUCAAUGGCCAGGACCAUGUGCCAUAUCUAGAGCGCAGCGUCCCAGAGAAGCCUCUGGAAACCGUCCAGAAACAGACUGGCACGUCCGACAAACAUGUCACUUUGACCCAAAGUGAUUCAAGUCCAUCCACGGAUAAUUACAUUGCUAACCAGAAUGGCAAUUUGUACCGCUCUCAGUCAUUUGGUGCAGAGCCAAAGUCUAUGCCUCCAGCUCCCACCCGCACCACCAGUAGCAGGGAUGCCGUUCAACGUGGUCUCAAUGUUUGGCAGCAGUUUGGGGUACCCGAGGAGCCAGUAACUGAAGGCCUCACAUUUAGUCCACCUCCCUCUGUAGCCGUGAUGCCCAGCCACCACAGCCUCCCACAGUUUCCCCAUCGCCACAGUGCCUCCCAGCAAGAAAUUGAGCAAUCUAUUGAAACCCUUAAUCUCCUCAUGUUGGAUCUGGAACCAGGCCGUUCACUUGUGCCAAAAUCCCAAAGUGCUCCACUACGGGAAAACAGUGUUGUAGUGACUACUCAGCCGUCCUUCUCCCAGAACCAAACCAGGCCCUCCUACACUCCAGAUGCAUCAGUCCAUACACACUAUUCUGGCCCUAUGGCCACACUUGCAGGCAACUCUUUACAAGGUCAAAUGUCACCUGGAAAGCCCAGUACCCCAGAGCCUACACCUCUUCAGGGAUCUUUAAGAUACACAUCUGAAAUGGCUGGAUCCUGCCCUUCAUCGCAAACACCACCCACAGUAACUGGUCACAUCCAGCUCAAGCCCAUCAAUACCUACCCUCCAAGCGCAUUGCCCCAGUCUUCAGAGGGCUCUGAGCCCCUGAGAAGCCCGGCUGCUGCUACAGCAACACCACAGACAAGAGAAAGUGACGCUGAUGAGGUCUUCAAUGUUGAGGGUCUGGUGGCCCAAAGAGUUGCUGGUGUCCAGGCCCGCACAGUGUCCUUGGAUGAGCCUGCCACUUUGCCCCGCCGACGCAUCACCAGUGACGGACAGCACCAGAACGGUUCCGAUGAGUGUGACUCCCCUGACGUCCCGAUUCGCUCCCCCGUCCGCUGUGUUUCUCCAGAGUUUGUCAAUGCCAUCGCGAUGAAUCCUGGCGGACGACCUAAGGAGAGACACAUGCACAGCUACCGGGAGGCCUUCGAAGACUUUGAGGGUGGCCCCAUCAGUCCUACACCCACAGUUGGUGGUGAGGUGUUUCCCCAAACCCCUGCCUUCCCCAUCUCGCCGCAAACCCCUUACUUCAACCUGUGUCGGUCCCCUCCUGGUCUGGCUAAGACUCCACUGUCAGCUCUGGGUUUGAAGCCCCACAACCCAGCAGAAAUCCAUCUCAAUCAAACAGGCUCAGCACCAAGAAGCUAUGUAGAGUCUGUGGCAAGGUCUGCAGUGGCAGGAGGAGAGCAGCCAGCGCCUCCACAGAGCGUUAGCCCACCGGGAGAGACUACAGGCCGGCAGAGAAGUCCGAGUCCGCCAUCCCACACACUGAACCCUCCUCUGUCCAGCAGCAGCCCCAUCCAGAGCUCACAGGGUGAGCAGCCCUCAGCAGAGAGCAAUGUUAGCACUCCGUCCCAACCAACCACUGAUUCAGGCUUCCGCUCCCAGGCUACAGAGAGUGCCUACCCCACUCCCACCCCUUCAUAUCAAGUCCUGAAUACCCCGACUCCUUCCUACCUGGAUUCAAGCUCUCCAACCUCUUCCUACUUUGGCACUACUACCCCUAUGCUGUCCUACCUUGGCCCCAGCACCCUACUAGGGAGCUAUGGGCCCUCGGAUCCCAGUAUGCCCAACUCAGAACCCUCUCAGACAACAUUCAGCCAUGGAAGUCCCCUCGCACAGCACAGAACAAAUAUCUACAACACUGUUCAACAGCAGCACCCCAGCUCUAAUCAGAUUGAUUCCAUUUUUGGUCAGCAAGCAACACCUGCCAAUGGCUUUGAUGUGGGUAUAGUAGGGCUCGCUGGCAGUCCCAGCCUUGGUCGUCGUCCAUCUCAGGGUGCACAGAGCAGCCCAGUCCACAGCAGACAGGCCUCUUUGGGACAGGGGUCUCAGCGGAGCCCAGUUCUCAGCAGACAGCCGUCCUUGGGCCAUCCUAUGCAGAGUAGUCCUGUGCUCAGCCGACAGCCAUCUAUCACACACCAACAUGGAAGUCCGGUUUUGGGACGUCAUCCAUCUGUGUCCCAGGUGUCCCAGAGAAGCCCCAGUUUGGACCGUCACCCCAUGCACAGUGGUUACACCACCCCAGAUGAGAGACAUGGGAACCUGUCCAGACAGAGCAGCUCUUCAGGCUACCAGGGACCGCCAACUCCUUCCUUCCCUAUCUCGCCUGCAGGCUACCAGGAUGGAGGAAUGAUGGGCAUGGGUGCAGGCUUCAGGCAGGGGAGUCCAGCACCAAGUUUCCAGCCCCAGCUUCCAGAGAAGCGACGGAUGUCGAGUGGCGAUAGACCAAAUGGAGCAGUGUCCUAUGGCACAAUGAAUGGGAAGAUCAUGUCCCCAAUGAGUGGGGGAGGCACUCCUGGCUACUUCCACACCCUCUCUGACUUCUCGAGGUUCAAUAUGCCAGAUGGCAGUCCAGAGAGCAGGCUCAAUGUCAAGUUUGUCCAAGACACGUCCAAGUUCUGGUACAAGCCAGACAUCUCCAGGGAGCAAGCUAUUGGCUUGCUGAGAGAGAAGGAGCCUGGGGCCUUUGUUAUUCGGGACAGCCACUCCUUCAGGGGGGCUUACGGCCUGGCGAUGAAGGUGGCCUCUCCCCCACCCUCUGCGCAUCAGAGCAAGAAAGGUGAUGUCACUAACGAGCUGGUGAGGCACUUUCUGAUUGAAAGCAGCCCCAAAGGAGUGAAGCUGAAGGGUUGUCCCAAUGAGCCUUACUUUGGUUGUCUGUCUGCAUUGGUCUACCAACACGCCAUCACACCACUGGCCCUGCCCUGCAAACUACUCAUUCCCACUACAGAUCUCUUAGAGGAACAACCAGAGGUAGCGGCACCAAAUCCUCUGGCAGAAAGGCUGAAACAAGGAGCAGACAUCCCUGUUACCCCAGUGCAGAAGGCCCCUGCUGAUUCCCAUGCAUGCAAUGUGCUGUACAUCAACUCAGUGGAGAUGGAGUCCCUGACAGGCCCCCAGGCUGUUUCUAAGGCCAUAUCUGAGACACUGGCUGCCACUUCUCCAUCGACUGCCACCAUUGUGCACUUCAAGGUGUCAUCACAAGGCAUCACGCUGACCGACAACCAGAGGAAGCUUUUCUUCAGACGCCACUACCCUACCAACUCUGUCACGUUCUGCGACAUCGACCCUCAGGACAGGAAGUGGAGCAAACUUGAGGGAGGCUCAGCCAAACUGUUUGGGUUCGUGGCACGUAAGCAGGGAAGCACAACCGACAAUGUCAGCCACCUCUUCGCUGAGAUGGACCCUGACCAGCCUGCCAGCGCCAUCGUCAACUUUGUCACGAAGAUGAUCGGCUCACAGAAACGAUGAAAGCCGUCAGCAAACCCCUGGCGCUUUUUUAAAUGCCUUUGGUUAUUAUCUUUCCUUUUAACCACGGACACUUACUUUCUGUUUCGGACAUUUAAGCCUUCGGAUCUACGCGUCACCUUAUUUUUUUCCUGCUCUUUUACAUUUGUCUUUGUGUCUGUGUGUGUAUGUAAGCAAAUGAAAGUGAAAAAAAAGAUGAAGUGAGUGUGCGUCUGAGUGUGUGAGCGGCUUGCAUGCAUGUGCUUUUUCUUCUUGGGUGGACUCCAGAACGGACCAGAGGAAGUGCAGGAUGGGGAAGGGCUGUGUGUGACAAUGGGACGGGAGGCGGAGCUGAUCUCCCUGGCAGGGUAAUUUGUGAACAGGAAGAGGGAAUGACAUAGUGUGUGCAAAUGUUAUUUUUUUAGCAAUUGUCUCAUUUUUUAAUUUUUUGUUUAAAGAAGAAGUCAAGUUGUGCGAUGUAAAGGUGGAUUGUAAAUCUAUCAGGCUUUUUGACUGGUCAACCAAAGAUUUUAAAAAAGUAGUCAGGGCACGGAUAGUGUGCCACUGUCGGAGGGUCAGAAGUAUUCUUUUUGUAAAACAAAUAUGGCUGCUUAAUCAAAAAUACUGAACUGUCUCUUUUCUGUAUGUACUGAUACUGUAGGUCAAUUCUGCACCGCUGCAGACAAUGUUUGCAGCUGGUUACGUCUCUGUAAAUAAUCUAGAUCGCUUUAUGAGUAGGACUGUUAUUGAUAGACAUUUGGUGCCUGACUUUAUUUUGUAACGCAGAGCUUUUUAAGAAAAGAAGAAAAAAAAAACACACCACUCUUCCAGGCUGUCUUAAAUAUGAAAAUAUGAAAAUA